AUGGCGCCGAGAAUCCCAUUUUCCGAGCUCCCUCGUCUGGGCUCGCGGGCAUGCGCUCGAUGCUCAACUCGUGAAACCGUUUGGUCGCUCGCUAGUCUGCACAGGGCUCGUGGUAUUGCUCAGUCAUACCUGAGAAAAGUGAGCGAAGGAGAAGACAGGUGGAAACAGAGAGCCGAUAAGAUCCAAAGUGGCGAAAUAUCCCAUGUCUGGGACGUCCUUGAAGAGCGAGGUUUUGUGAAGGAUGUUGCGGGGAACGUUGACAAGAUCAAGGAGAUUAUGCGAAUCAAGCGAGUCGGUGCAUAUGUUGGUAUCGACCCAACGGCAGAUUCAAUGCACGUCGGCCAUCUGUUACCUUUCAUGGCUCUCUUCUGGCUAUGGUUCCAUGGACACCCAGCAAUUACUCUCUUGGGUGGCUCCACGGCUCGAAUCGGUGAUCCGACUGGUAGACUGCUAAGCCGGGAUGACAUGACCAACUCCGAAAUCACCAAGAAUAUCACCAAGAUACAUUUCCAGCUCUCAAGACUUUGGACCAACAUCGAUCAAUUGAGGCGCAAGUACGGUUAUGAGGAUGACUGGGCUGCUAAAAGAGCUCUCUUGAAUAACAACACUUGGCUUGGAAAAUUGACAGUGUACGACUUCAGCAAGAGGCUGGCCCGCAAUAUGAGAUUGGGUCCUAUGCUGAGCCGGGAGACUGUUAAGAGGAAAAUGGACGAUGGUGAUGGUAUGUCACUCGGUGAAUUCAUGUAUCCCCUCCUCCAGGGAUGGGAUUUUUGGCAUUUGUACAACAAGCUUGGCUGCCAGAUGCAGAUUGGGGGCUCAGACCAGUUCGGCAACAUUGUCGCGGGUAUCGACGUAUUAAAGGUUGUUCGAGAGUCUGAGGAAGCUCCUCAUGAAAGGAUGCCCACUGGCUGGCAACAUGAGCCUUUUGGUUUCACCGUCCCUCUACUCACAGACUCAUCGGGCGCCAAGUUCGGCAAGAGCGCAGGAAACGCAGUGUGGCUUGAUGAGUACAAGACGUCGCCUUUCGAGCUUUACGGCUUUUUCAUGCGCCGAUCGGACGACGAGCUCGAGAAAUUGCUCAAGCUCUUCACAUUCAUGCCCAUCAAGCAGAUCCAGGAUAUAAUGGCACAGCACCGUGUGGACCCAUCGAAACGUAUCGGCAACCACCACCUUGCUUUCGAAGUCUUAUCUAUGGUGUACGGUUCUCAAAGGGCCCUUCAGGAGGCACAGCAACACCAAUUCCGCUUCGGCGGCGAGCUUCCACACAUCCUCAAGGAGCCCACCCCCGAAAGCGGUAUCAUCACACCCAACAACGCCCCUCGCAGCGACAUCACACUCCCCCGAUCCGUCAUGAAGCUAUCUCCUGCAAAGAUUCUGUUCGCUUGUGGUCUUGCAGCCAGCAACAGUGACGGCCAGCGACUUGUUGCCAGCCAAGGCGCGUACGUGGCUGGCCAGCCUGGCCAGAUGCGCGGUCUCGUCCCUGGAAACCUCAACUGGACACCCAUGAAGAUGUGGUUCCCUGAGGAGACGGCCAAGUUCCUCAUUGAUGGUAACAUCCUGAUCCUGCGAAAGGGCAAACACAAUGUUCGCAUCAUCGAGCUUGUUGACGACGAGGAGUGGAAGGCUAGCGGCAAGGUUUACCCCGGCCAGCCAUUCACCGGAACUGUCCGACGUGUCGUCCAGAAGCUCAAGGAUGAAGCCACAGAGCGAGGGCAGGAUCUUUCGCCGCAAGACAUCCGCCGUCAGCUCAUGAAAGAAAGAGACGAGGAGGAGUCGCAGGUGGCAAACAACCCUGACAUCAAGCUGCCAUCCAAGCAGGAGGUCCGGAAUAUGAACCGACAGAGGAAGUCGGGUGAGCAACCCUAG